AUGAGUGUCGCUGUAACCGAAGGCGAAGCGGGGACAGAUGUCGACGUGGAGGCGGAGGCGGCGGGCGUGGGCGUCCGGGAUGUUGGCAGCGGCGGCUUCCCGCGUUCGAGGGCCCCCAACUUAAACUCAGAUGACCCCCAGGACCGCAUCGCCGCCCGCCGCCUUCGCACCAACGCCCGUGUGGAGGCGAAACGACGGGAGGCUCUUGGAGAAGAUGCAGAUGCAAAAAAACUGGUAGAGGAGGAACAGAGCAGGAGCCACAAGCAGAUAGAGGAAAGUAGACAGAGAUUGGCCAAACUGUUGCUUGAUGGCACACAGCUGGUAACAAACAUCCAGGUGGCAGCUGAUUCUCGGGAGACACACAGGAGAUCAGAGGAAGAAGAGCUGACUCGGCAGAGGGUUGAAAAAUUGGAAAAUGAAGCCAAGGCCAACCAGGACAAGUUUGAUGAGAUCACAUCCAAGUGGGUCAGUGCCAAGAAGAAGACCAUCCCCCAGGAUCUCUGGGAGGCUCUCAAUCUACAGCAGCAGCACUGUGCUUUGCUGAUUGAGGAGAAGAACAAGGUCAUUAGUGAGUUGCAACAGGAACUGAAAAGUAAAGAUGAUCAGUAUGUGAAGGAUCUUAGGAAACAGAAUGAAGACAUUAAUUUGCUGCUGGAGCGAAUGGAGGAGCAGAUCCGAAAUCUUAUUAAAAACUACCGUCGAGAGCUUUUGCAUAUAGAGAAAGCCUUUGAAUUAGAGCGUCGUGAACUUCUCUCAAGCAACAAAAAGAAAUGGGAGCAAGCCAUGCAAACUCUAAACCGACAAGAGUUGGAUUUUAUGAUGGCUCGCUUGAAGAAGGUGGAGGAGUGUGAACAGGAGCUGAAACAACUGCGGGUGCAAGAUGCUGAGGAGUACAACGUUAUAAAGAUCAAACUGGAGCAUGAUGUACAGAUCCUGGAGCAGCAACUCCAGCAAAUGAAAGCCAUCUACCAACUAAACCAAGAGAAGCUGGAGUACAAUUUCCAGGUGCUAAAGAAGAGGGAUGAUGAGAACACCAUCAUCAAAUCCCAGCAGAAGCGGAAGCUCAAUAGACUGCAUGAUGUGCUCAAUAACCUGCGCCUGAAGUUUGCCAAGCAGAUCAAGCAGUAUCGUGAGGAGAAUCUGACAUUGACAGCUGACUACAAGCGGAUUGUGGAGCAGUACAAAGACUUGCAGAGAACAAUGAGACAUUUUGCCAUUGUGGAUGCUGAACAUUUCCUGGAUGUAUGGCUGAUGAAUGAAGAAGAGGCCAAGCAGCUGAUUCGCAAAGCCUUUGAUGCUGACCGUGUCAUCCAUGCUCAGCAAUUGGGGUUGCCCUGGACUGAGCCUGAUGGCUGGUUCUUGCACAAUGUGGGACCUAUCAAGCAUACUAAGAAGAUGAAAUCAGCCAAUGAGCUGGCCCAUGAGGUGAUCACGCCUGAUAAGAAGGAAGCUGUCCCAGAAGAGGGUUGCAAAGAGGUUGUGGGAGAUGAACCAGAAGUGAAGAUGCUCUGGUCUAUUUCAAGCAAGACCAUCAAGCGCAUCCUAGAGCUCCUAUGUGAUGAGUCGGGCUUCCUGAUUGAGAGCAAGCUUCGGGGUCUCCUGCAACCUCUAGAGAAGCCUGAUCGCACUCUCAUGAAGCUGGACUCCAUCUUCACUGCCCUCUCCAUUGACAGUGAAGAUGAUGUGUAUCGAAUGGUUGAAUUCUUCAUGAACUUCAAGGUUCAGAAGAUGGCAGGUGCACAGAACCUGGAAGCUCUUAUGGCAGAUACAGUUGACAAAGAAACAUCCCGAGAUGCAAAGAUUAUAGGACAAGAGGAGGCUUCUGCAGAACCACAAGAGGAGGAUAAAGGCUCCACAUUCACAGCACUGCCCAUUUCUGCUCUUUAUAUGCAUCCCAAUGACAUCUUGAAGGCUCUCAAGGCAUUUGUGCAGGAAUUCCAGGAGCCAAGGGACAGACGGCCACAGAUUAAGAAAGCACAUGAAGAGCGGGACAACUCUAAAGACUCUGAAUAUUGGGAUGCACUGGCUCAUGUUAUCCCAGAUGGAAAACUGAAGCUGUGGGAUACUCUGAUUAUUGGCUUGCAAAAAUACUACCACAUUCUGACUCAGAGGGCAAAACUGAUUACAGAGACUAACGGGCUGAAUCAGCAGAAUGAAGAACUCCAGAUGCUGCUACAGCAAUAUUUACGAUCUCCAGUUAAUUCUGAGUUGCUCAUCCCACCUACCCACUUAUUGCAUCUGCAGAUGAAUAACCCAUGAUAGACUCCUGUGCAAGAGGUGUGGGCUGGUUAUUUCCCCAGUAUUCUCAUUACUUGCUUGGACCAUGAAUUACAGCCAUUCAGAUAAAUUAUUUACUGUGCUUACAGAGCAGAACUUAUAAGCAG